UAAACACUGUGGUAGUAAUAGACCUAAACUCCACAGAUAUUUAUUAUUCUGCACUUCCUGUGUCAGAUUAUGUAUCCUGAGAAGUUAAUCAAUAUUCAGGUCACUAAUUCAGAGGCCUGACAGGAAGUGCUCCCCCACAGAUACCAUUACUGGUAUUAACUCUGUCUGAGGAUGGGAUAGGGUCACAGGAGUGUCAGUGCUCAGUAUGGUGAUAAACUGACCUUUUAGAUGCUCCUCAUCUUGUUGAGGUCUUCUCCCCCUCCCAAACUCCACCUUGGUUUUUUCUUUUAUCCUAUUUAUAAGUCUGCAGUGCUAGUGGGGGGAGGGGCUUGGGCAUUAAUUGGCUCAAUGAGGAUCCGGUGGCUUUAAAUCACUCUUGCAGCUUAUUUUCUUGAGAACAGUGAGCACAUGGGUAAUAUUAGGAACCAUUUCCUGAAACAUUUAUCCAACUGUUUCCCGUGGUAACUGUGGGAAACAUUCUAAAGUUGUAUGUUGAUGAGCAUCAAUAAUUUAUUUCCCAUGAAGUUAUUUGUUUGUUUUAGUUUCUGACGCAUUAGCAGCUAGUAGAUUGCUAAGAUAAAACUGGAUGCAGUGAUCAACCAGUGAUUUCUGUUUCCAGUCAAAGAAAGUUCUGCUGAUGUUUGAAUAUUAAACAACAUUUUAAAAAUAAGACCUGGAAAGUUGUUCUCUAACGAUUGUGUACAUUGAAUAUGUUAAGAUCUUGAUUUUUUUUUUUACUUCAAUAUAUUUCAGAUGCAAUAAUUUAUUAACUAAAGUUUUAUCCCAUUCAUUUCUCCAUGUGUAUCUUAUGUCUGCUUGGCUGUUCGUCCCCCAGCCUUGCAGUAGAGUCAUUGGGGAGUGGUGCUGGGAGGGCUGGCUACAGCAGUUCGGCUGUCUGUGAUUCGCUGACAUGCACUCUAAUUGGAUCAUGUAGGAACUUGCUUAGCUGGAUGCUUUGUGCUUGGAUUGGGAGCAGCCUGCAAAGACAGAGGAAGUGAGGCAGAGAGGGAGGAGGCCAGAGGCUGCUGUGCACACCAGUUGGAGAGAAACGACAGCAAGAGGAGGAGUGAGAGAGGAGAGAAGGAGAAGGGGAGUAUCCAUCCUCCUCUGACCCACUGUGCUACUGCAGCCCCCCUCCCUCUCUAGGAUUCUCUUUCUUUCCCUUUUCUCCUUACUCAUCUGUUUCUUUGGCUGCACUGAGAGGAAGGACACCUGCCGCUCCCUGAUGAUUCAGCCUUUCAGCUGCUUGGAGCACUUUAGACAAGGCAGCAUGUCCGUCCUGCCACUGCAGUGCCCGGCCAGCAUGUCCUUGACGAUCCAGUUACUGCAGCCGGCCCAUCACAUCGACACCGCCCCUUGUCUUUCCCCUGCCAAAGUGUUCAGAUAAAUUGACUGCAGUACAACUCCCUGACUGUUUAAAGCAUGUGUAAAGAGCUGGCUAUCCUUGGAUGCAGGUCGUCCUGCUACCUCGUGGACCACUGUCAAGCUUUCAGUCUCUGAAGGGCAUUUUGCUUUUUCGUCCUCUGACUCUACAGCCUCAUGUUGGGAAGCCUUCUCAUGGACUCUCGUGGCAGACCACACUUGUGUGAUGCCCUGUUUUAAUGGUUGAAGCAUUCAGAGACUCUUCCUCCAGCAGUUUAAAAGGAUGACUGAGGGAAUGGAGGACUACUCUGCAGGACCGGCUCCAUCUCCUGAAACGGCCUCCCCCACUGGCCCGCCUCCUGAUAGUGGGCCAGUCCCAGAGGAGAAACCAGAGGAGACUGAGGCAGCUGGUGAGAGUGGGGAUGAGGGUGUAAAGGGAAUUACAGAGGAAGGCCGAGGUGAUGGGGAGCAUGACGGUGCUUUGGGAAUUGUGCCUUUGCCUGCGACCUGCUGUGUGUGCAUAGAGAUGGAACAGAUUAACCGUUGCCUCCACUCUGAAAAAAUCUGCAUUCUGCCCAUCCUGGCCUGCCUUCUUAGUUUAGCUCUUUGCACUGCUGGACUUAAAUGGGUCUUUGUGGAUAAGAUCUUUGAAUAUGAACCGCUCACCCACUUAGAUCCUAAACCCAUUGGCCAGGAUCCCAUCAUUAUAUCGGUUAACCCCACGCUUGGAAUCACCGUCUCUAUUCCUCAUUCUGCUCCCUCCACUGUCUCCCUGACCACUACCAUCGCCAUUACACCUGGACACCCAGAAGUUUUUGGGAAAGAGAAAUCUACAGUCGGGCCAUUUGUGCCUCAGUCUCCACAAGUGACAUAUCCUUCUGUGACCCUGAAGUACAAUGCUGAACGUUCUACUCUUCCAAAGCAAAACUCCAACCAACAGACAACCCAGGACUUAGAAAAACUCUUUCAAACUAUAUCUACCACCAGCACCUCCACUCCAACCAAGACUUCCAGCCACAUCAUGCGUUGCAGUGACAGGCAGAAGAACUACUGUGUUAAUGGAGGAGAAUGCUUCACACUUGAAAUUAUGCCUGGCAGUACAAAGUUUCUAUGCAGGUGCUUGGCCGGAUUCACUGGGCACCGAUGUGAACAGGCUGUGCUUAAGAAAGUCUCAGACCCAAAACAAGCCGAGGAGCUGUAUCAAAAGCGCAUUUUAACAAUAACAGGGAUCUGCAUAGCACUCCUAGUUGUUGGAAUCAUGUGCGUGGUUGCCUACUGCAAAACAAACAAGCAAAGGAAGAAACUACGUGAACGCCUGAGACAGAGCCAGAAGAAGAAGAGAAAGAACAACUCAAAUCCCGCUGUUGGCUCCUGUACGGAAAGCUCUGCGGCAGGACGUCCCAGUGCUGCUGUGCCUUUGCAGGAUUUGAAGAUUGUCAACCCAUGUAAUGGUUCCAUGAGGCAGCUUGUAACAGAGGAGACAGAAACAACUUUUCCCACAAGCAAAUAUGCGACUGCUAAUCAGCCCACCACACUCACCAACAUCUCCAGCCAAAGAUUUGCCUCUCCCAUGAGAAGCCUGUCCCAGCUGUCUCCGGACCCAAAGACAGCUCUGAGCACUCCUGUGUCUCCUCCAUCAGAGAUGUCUGCUCCAUUGUCCAGCCUGGCCCUUUCUGUCCCCUCAGUGGCUCUAAGUCCCUCUGUUGAGGAGGAGUGCCCACUGCUGCUGUCAAAGAAGAGCCAGCAGCAGCUGUCCUCAAGACUGAACGAUCAGAAGAGAAGCUUCUCCCACUAUAAUCACGGCCUGGUAGCACACAGCUUACCUCCCAGCCCAGCCCUUGCUGCAAAGAAUGUUGCGUACGGAGUCACGGGGGACUGUGGGACAGACGCUGCCAGCUACAGCUUUUUAGAAUUACCAGAAAAACUAAUGAAUCGGAACUGCAGCACCAAAAGUGCUGCAUGUCAUGUACUGCAUUUCACAGAGUCCAGUGACAGCAUGCUAUUCAGUGAAACAGACGAGCCUCGUGGAGGAGACGCGCCCCUCCGUACUGCAGACAGCAGCACAGCCCUUUGGGACGUGGAGAGCAGCAGGACUAACCCAGCAUCACCAAGCCCUGUCCUGCUGGUUAAACCUUACAAUCCCAUUGCUGUGUAACAUUAACAGAAAUACCUUCUACAGAGACAUAUUCACUUAAAAUGUAACUUUCAACAAGCUAACUGCUGUAUAAAGACUUUUAAAAAAGAAAAAAGAAACCUAUUUUAGUGAAGUAGCAAAUAAAGAGUUUUAUAAAAGAAGACACAGCUGCAUAAAGAUGUUCAUGUGCUGCAGGUUAAGUGCCAUAUGCUCGUAUGUAGCAAAGGUUCCCAGUAGAUUUCAGAGCAGAAAAAUAUCAACGGUGCCUUUCUGUUUAGUGUGGCUGAGCUGGAGUGCGUUGCAUACUGAGCUAUGGAUCACCGUUCCAACACUUGGUUGGGUCCAGACGCAUGCUUUGAUAAAAUAGUGAGCAUGUUGUGGUUUAAUUUCCAGGGUUUUCCUUUGACAGGUCACUCCUUUCAUACCCUCGUCUGAUUGGUCCACUCAGUGGCUUAAGGGAAUGUGUCACUGAACUAGCACACCUGGACUCAUACUCGGUAAACAUUUUAAAAUGGCUUAUUAUCUGCAUUUUACGAGAGAUAGAGAAAAUGUUAGCAAAAAUCUGAUUUUUGUUGGUCACUAUCUGUCCCAGUAACCUGUCACUGAAUUAAUAUAACUGUGAGAUAAAUGUGCAAUCACUAAAACCUGCUUUGUAGAUGUUGCUAAUGCUGUCACAUCUAUACCUAACAUAACCAUGUAGAUUCCUUUCAGUUCUAUAUUGGCUUCUAUUCUGUAUUAAAGUUCUAAUGUUGUUACCGGCAGUGCUGCUGUGGCUCCAGAAAGCCGAUACACAUUCCCACUUCAGACUGGGGAUUUUCCAGAAAGGCUGCAUAAGAAGGCCAGUGUCUGCAAGCUAAACUCUGAACUGUUUGCCAAGCGGAUUUAAAAAGCUGUCCUGUGAGACGUAAUGUGAGUAAAUAAUGAAUAUCUAUAACAAAGACAUGAAGAGAAAGAUGGAGAUGCCUUCUCUGCAUUUUUUUUUGUUUUUGGUUUUUUGAUAUCUUCCAGCAAAUCACUGGAGACAAAAUGGCUGGUAAAAUGGAAACAGCAGUGGUCAAAUACACUGACUUUAUGUUCAUUCAAGCAAAAUAUGUUGUUACAUCUUCUGGCAAAGAUAUUGUUUUAAAAAGUAACGUUUCAUUCAUUUCUAUAAGAAACCGUUUACUUUGUUUCACAAGCUGUAGAAAAACCCAGUCAGGGUUGAAGGACAAUGAUGGAAAUACAGAAUAAAUGGAGCGUUGUUCCUUUAAUGAAGGCUUUCAUGUUGUACAGACUGGCCACAAAUAAUGCUUUAGCUACACAUAGUGGUUAACUGCUUUAACUCUUACAUGGAGUUGUAAGUGUGUUUUUGUGUGUUUGAACUUUUAAAUUCAACAACUCACAAACUUCAAAAGACUUGUUUGCACUUCUGUUCUCAUAUGUUUCGGUUUGUAACUUAUGUGUGUGGUGUCAUUGUAAAUGUAAUUUAAAAGAAACGAAUAAACAAAAACCUGAAAUGG